GAUCCGACACAGAGCUUUUUGAGAUUCAGAAACCAGCUCGGUGUUGAGCAGCAAAUAACUCUCUUAACUUUAUAAUCGUAUAGUUGAAUACGAUCAACUAUAUUCUAGUUAUCGGUCUAGUUAAGAAACUAGAUGAGAAACAUUUAGAAUGAACAGAUAGCUGGAAAUAGAUAGUUAAAGAAGGAAAAAUGUGCUAAUGACGCUAGAGUUUGUGAAGAGAUGAAGAUGUCCAGGAACGGAUCAGGUCUCCAGCCUCUCAAAGCUACUGUUCCCUUCACGCUGCACAAAGCAGCUGGAGCUGCCGUCAAAAAUAUCAAUCCAGGUAAUAGAACCCAAGCAGAGUGGCGAUUGCAGACUCAGAUUCGGCGCACAGUAUCUUUGGAUGCGAUUGUGGGACCGUACUUGCAAGGCCAGUGGCCCAAAGAGGGCGACGGACAUGACAGGGAAGACAAAUCCACCCAGACACCACACGCUUGGUUCGCUGGAGCUGAAAAAACAGCUGUUGGAUUUCACAAACGUUCCGCAUCAUGGGGAAAUUCAGAAUGUCUUCAGGAUGGUACUGACGUAUGUGCAGAUUCAUUUUUCAGACUGAAACGACUGCAACAGAAGAAAAGGUCAGGCGUUCUGGUUGGCAAUCAAGAGAAACUGCACAACCAACAUCAGUCCCCUGCUCUAUUAAUCCCACCUGCUUCAUUGACUCGACUGUCGUCACGCUUGCGUCAAAGUGAAGAGAGACUAGAUCAGGAGCUGGAGAAAGUCUUCACACAUAAUUCAUCAGUUCACCACUGUGGACUGUAUGAGGUUCCUGACGGCCACAGAGCUCCUGUUCCACACCUGAGCUCCAGGAGUGGAUUUCAGAUUGGAUCUUCCCUUGUAGCUUCCCAUUCUUCUUCUUCCUCAUCCACAUCUUGCUCUCCACAGCGCCCUCUAGAACUCGACACUGUUGAGGAGGUCAGCUCAUGUAUCUUAAUGCUGUCCUCAUCACCACGACCCAAUAACAGCUACUGCUUUCAGAGAGAUCCACCAGAGGGUUGUGAGAGAGUCCGAGUGUGUGAAGAGAACACCCUUCCAUGUUUGGACCACGUGUACAUGCUCUCCUGCCCCGACCCCAACAAAGUGAACUUCACCACACACACAGGCUCAGCCUUCUGCCCUGUCAAUCUCCCGAAGCCCCUCCUACCUCCAGUGGACUUCCUGAUCUGCAGCCUCUCAGUUUCUCCAGGGUCCUGCUGGGUGGGACAGUGAGGAGUUAAUAACAAAAGCAAAACCUGUAAAUUUGGCAUCUGUUACUCUGCAUGAGAGAGAUAGGGAAAAAAAUAAAACACUCAGUACUUCACUUUUUAAUAAUGCAUUUGCCUAGUAUCUGACCUUUUAAAAAUGAUAUUUUUCAUUGUUAACGGGUGGAAAAAGUACAAGUUUAUUUUCUAAUUUAAAAAGAAACUGUAAUAAGAAAUACCACAUUUCUUUGAGUCAAUGAGACUGGUGAAAAUAUCCUGUUGGAAUGACAGACUUAAUAGAUUUAUGGAUUAAUAAUUUGGGCAGUUUUAUAAGGAGAAGGCUUUUCUUAUAGAUACUGAAUGCUGAAUACGCCAAUGGUACUGUUAAGGAAAUGCUUGUAUUUUAAAUCAGCAUUUUACCACCCACUUCAGUGUUACAAAGAAAAAAGACUUUGGCAAAUGCAUUUAUAUAAAUAUAUUAUCUUUAAUUUUGAUUAUUGAAAAGUUUAUUGCAGAAAGUAUGUGGGUGGACUAUUACAGUCAUAGACCACGUUAGUAGGUAUAUUUAUGUUCUUAUUUGAGGUGAAUGUUACAGUCAUGCUCUAAUUGUACAUUUAAAUUCACCCUUUAUAUAUUUUCAAAAGUAGAGUGUUUUUUGUGUGUCUAAAGAAUAUUUGCAUGGUAUACCUUGAACAACUGAAUGUUAUUUUUAUAUUAGUUUAGAUUAAUCUGUUUGUGAAUGUACGAUUAGUUAGGAGCUCUGUACUGUUUGCACAUAUAUUUUUGCUAAAGAUAAGCUAUAGAAUGUAAAUGGUGACGUUAUCUGACUUCAAGAGUUUUUCUUUAUCCAAUAUGCUCAUUUGUGCACAUCUUUUUUUUUUAAGCUUUUGUUGAAAUGUUUUAUAUUCAGAUAAGUUUAAACUUGCCUUCACAUUGGAAAGUACGUGGGAAACUAUGUGUGCAUUGAUGAUACAUUUACUCUUUUCUUUCUAUCUCUUAAAUUCUUGCAUGUCUGUAGUGUGUUUAAGAACCGAUAAAAUAGAAUUGAGCAACAAUA